AUGAGAGACCAGAAGUAUAAACAAGAUAUUCUUCAGUGGAUGGCUUGUGGUGCCACUGUAUCUGCCGUAUUAUACGGUGUAUAUAAGUAUAUCACACAAGAUAGGUCUACUCCUGAAGGUUUGAAGGAUGAAGGUAAUAAGUAUUUCUUAUUAAAGGAUUAUUCUAAUGCAUUAUUAAAAUAUCUUACAGCACUAGAAUUGUUUAAUAAAUGGGUAGAACAAGGAGUAAGUAUAAACACCGGCAUACAAGUAAAAAUACUUAAUAAUAUAUCACAGACGUAUUUUAUAACUAAAGAAUAUAAAAAAUCCAUAGAAUAUAUAGAAAAUACGUUAAAAAUCAAAUCUAUACAUUAUAAUAGUUUUAAAAGACUAGCACAGUUAGAGGAGAUAGACCAAGGAUAUGGUGAUGUAAAAGGACUUGCUGUAAUAACUGCAUAUUUAAUACUGCAUAAAUCUUAUAAUGAAAAGGCCAGUAAAAAUCAAAAUAUUAAAAAAAAUGAUGAAAAUUUUGAUAAUGAAAAUUUUAAAUGGAAUGAAAUUUUAAGUAAAAAGAUAGAAAAAUUAUCAAUUAAAAAAUCAAAAGAAAUAACGGUUAUAAAGAAUUUUAGCGUAUCAUUUGUGAAAUUAGAAGAAAUUCUGACUAUAUUCAAUGAUCCAUUACAGAAUAAUUCUGUAUUUGGUGAAAAAACACAAGAAGAUAUAAAAAUUUUAAAUUUUAUCAAAAAUAAAAAUUUUGAUGAUAUAAUUAAUUACCUGAAUAAAACAGAAAAAAAUCAAUUCUCAAAAAGGGUUUCUUUCAUUGCUGGUAAUAUAAAAUAUAUACGUAAUGAGAAUAAUGAAGCAAUUUCAUUAUUUAAUAUGUCAGAUACAAUAUACGGUGACGUACUCACAUUAUACAUAAAAAAAUUAGAAAAUUCAAAAUCAAAAUUUGAUGAAAACAAAAUUUUAAAGAUAAUGAAUACAACGGAUCCUAUUGUAAGAAUGUACGUUAUACAGUUACAUUUAAUUAGUGAUAAUAUAGGGCACUAUUUAGCCAAACUAAUUGAAUUACAAUCAGAAGAAUUAAUUAGUCUGCCGUAUAUAGCCAAUAUUAAAUCGCAGUAUUCCUUAUACGAGUAUAAAGAAUCAAUUAGUACACUGCAAAAAGCCGUUAAAAUAUUCCCAAAUGAUUUAAAUUUAUUAUGCGCGGGAGUGGAAAUUUUAUCACAAGAAUUUUUAAAAUUAAAAAUAUCUGAAAAAAUAACGGACAUUUUUAUAAAAAAAAAUCAAAAUUUAAAAUCAAAAUAUGAUUUAUUAAAAAAUAUUUUAUCAAAAUUAUCAGAAUUUAAAAAUUCUCCAAGAGCCGUUUUUUUCAUGUAUAUAGGGUAUAAUUCAUUAAAUAAUACUAAGUAUAUUGACUUAUUAAUGAAAUCAGUUGAUUUAGAUAAGUAUAAUAGUACAUUAUUAGUACAAUUAGGUCAGUAUAAGAUAAGUACAGGGGAUCUAACAGGGUUUAAUGACUUAGAACGUGCAUGUAGAAUAUCAGUGGAUGGGUCUGAGAGUAUUUAUAAGCUAUUAUAUACGUAUAGAAGUAUAUACAGCGUACAAGAGUACUACCCAGAUAUAUCGAAUAUUGUAAUAGAUAAUUUAUCUACAUAGUAUAAAAAGUAAUAUAUAGUACACAAUAUAUAAUAAGUAAUGGAUAAUAAGUAAUAAGUAAUGGAUAAUAAGUAAUAAAUAAUGGA